GGUCGGCCGGGGUCAGAACUUGGGAGAGCGAUUGAAAGCCGCGCGCGAAUUUCCACGUGAGCGCAGUGGUGAGCGUCGGCGGACGCGUGAGACGUGAGAAGAAUUUCGCACUGCGCGCGCGAGAGAGAGAGAGAGAGAGUGAGUGAGAUGAGAUUAGCGGCGGCGUUGCGGGGGAAGAUAAAAAUUUCACCGGCUCAUAAAUUUUAAUAGUCCGGCGGAUUUGUUUGGUGCCAAAGGUCGGCGGUUCGAACGUAACAAAAAAGGGGGAACGGAAUCGGUCCCCGUGCCGGGAACCGCGACUAAUUGAAAAACAAGCCAAUUUGGGAGGCCGCGCGGUCAUUACGGUUUGCCAAUUUGCGGCGGAAAGUGAGGUUAGGGAGAGAGGUGUGUGAGCAUGGAGGUGGAAACGUCAGAUUGGCGAAUUACAUAAUCCAGUGUGCAGGAAGGUUGCCGCGGGAGAGGCCGCCUGGAGUGACGUGUGUAAACAACAAUAGCUGGGCCGUCGUCGUCGCUUGGCACACUUGGAUUGCAGAGCUGCAGGGGCAGAAGUUUGGAGCGUGCUGGAUUUGGCAAGUGCGUGUGGCCAAACUUGGGGCGUUUACGUCGUGCGGGUUGCCUACUGGUAGGCGAAUGAUUAGUGCAAAAGUGACUCCAAGUUGAUAACACAGGUCCGGCCGAGUAUUGGUGCCCCGAUUGAGAUGUUAUCAGUGGCGAAACGGGGCCAAACAGGGGACACGUCACGCACACACCGACAGAGAUUCCGGAAUCUGUGAGAGGGAGAGAGAGAGAGAAUCUCACGAGGUUGUGUUGGUAAAUAAAUCAUUUCUCGCUCAGAUGAUUGAUCUUUGAGGAGACACAACAACGCGUUGGACGGUGCUUGGGGUGGUGGUGUGCGUGUGGAAUCGUUUUGCGUGUGUAUUGAAGGAAGGGGGCGCAGCAGUUGCCUAAAAAAUCGCAAUAGAGGACACGGCGAAGGCGAUCUGUCACGGUCUCUCGGAAGUGGGCUGAAGAAAUCGAUUGGAAAAAGUGCGUGCCUGAAAACACGGGAUCUGCUGGCCUCCGGCACCAGGAAUUCCAGAUUAGUGCAGAGCCAUCUGGUGGAGAAUUCAAGCAGCGGUUCGAGCCCGGAAUGCUGCAGCAAGCCUAGCAAAUUUUGGCGUUUUCUGCAGCGCAGCUGAGGCGGAGGCUGACGAGAAGUGUGCUCGAGUGUGUAUGUGUGUCUGUGUGCGUUUGUGACGAGUCGCUAGUGAAUUUUUCUACUCCCAAAAUCGUAGCAGGCGUAAACUGCACCCGUUUAUACAUCACUAGUGCAGUGUGUUGAAGGAAAAAGUGCCCUUUUCGGGGUUUUCCGGGAGCCAAAUCUUACAAGUGUCAUCAUUCCAGAAUCUGGGGGAACAGUCUCGAUGUUGUUAUUCUCGAAAUCGUAGCAAAAAAAAAAACAAGUGCACGGCCAAACCCAUCAUCAACACAUACACAUACAUAACCUUAACUCUGGAAAAGCCCUGCCACGAGGAUGUAAAAGGAAUCCGGAAUCUGUGUGUAUACAAAAAAAAAUAAAAGUCUGUAGAAUCUCUGCUCAACGGUUGACCGCGGUCGUCGAGAGCAGUUUAGUGUUUUUUAUACGUAUAUAUUAAAUCAAAACGAAAGGUUAAAAAGAUAUCGCCGUAAAACGUCGUCGUUAAGUAAGUGCUACCACCCAAUACAGGAAUCUAGCGUUGUAAGUGUUCACACGUAAAGUACCUCCCCCCCACGUUGAUGACCCCCCGCCCAUACGUCAUCGUCCCCACAAAGUAAUCGUACACACCAAGUGACGCACCAAGUCGUCGUCGUCUAGUUAAGGUUAGGUAAAUUUACACGGAAAUCUACGUAAAAAGCGAAGAAGCGCAAUUGUGUCAAAAAAAGCAGUGUUAGUCGUUCAAUGUUUUGUACCAACAACCAAGUCAGCGUAAGUCACCGUAAGUCAAGUGUAAGACAAUACAGCACAGCAAAUAUCAAGUCAGUUUAAGUCAAAAAAAACUAGUGUCAAACAGUGUCAAGUGUUUCUAUCGUCGGUGAUUGUGUGAGUGUGUUUAUCGGCAGUGUGUGCAUGUGAAAUCGUAAACAACAACCGAAACAACCACAGCAACAACAACAAAAAAAGAGCCAUGGAGCGAAGCAAAAGCACAACAACAACAGCAUCUACUGGAAGCAACACCAUCGGAAUGAUACUGGUGGCGGCGAUGGUGACCCUGGCGGCAUGUGCCACCACGACCACGACGGGACAGCAGCGGAAUCCGGAGGAGCGGCACAGCAGUGGACUCCAUAAAAGAGGUAAGACCUUCUACCGUGGCACAUCGACGAUCGAAAAAAUACUUCAAACAGAAGCUGAUUACACUCUGGACGACUCGUUCUGGAACGAGGAGAGUCCUGUUGGUGAGGUGGAACGUCUGCUGAAGGAACACCAGCAGAACCAGGAGCUGGUGGACCGGAUCGGUAGCAACUUCUACCAGAUCAUCUACCCGGUGCAGCUGCGGCACCACGAGAAGAUGGGCAUCUCAACGCGAGAGGUCGGCGCCAAGUAUCCACAACCACGAGGACGUUCGAGGACGGGGAAACAUUUUCAUCGAACAUCACUUUUGAUAAAAGCUUUUAAUCAUAAAUUUCGGUUAGAUUUGGAAUUAAAUACACAAUUACUAGCUCCUAAUAUUGUACAGAAACACUAUCUCCCUAGCGGGUUCGCGCAAGAUUCACAUCGAGAAAUUGAGCACUGCUACUACCACGGUACGGUGAAGGACUACCCGGGAGCUAGUGCCGCCUUCCACACCUGCAACGGCGUCAGCGGUGUGAUACACGUCGGGAACGAAACGUUUGUUAUACAUCCAUUUUACGGGGGCGAUCUAUCGAAACAUCCACAUGUUAUCUUCGAGGCACGUACAAAAUCAAACAAGGGCUGUGCUAAUUCCGGCAACCUGGAGUGGCGGACGCGGAACGUCCGCCGCCAGCAGCAGGCCGGCCACCACUCGGGCCUGGUGGAGUCCCGGGACGCGAACGGUGCCGGGCGGUACCGGCGGGACGUCCGCGACGCCACCAAGUACAUCGAAACGGCGCUCAUCAUCGACAAGGCGAUGUUCCAGAAGCGCAACGGCAGCACCCGGGCCGAGGUCGUGCACGACGCCAUCCAGGUGGCCAACAUCGCCGAUCUGUACUUUCGUACGCUCAACACGCGCGUAUCGGUUGUGUAUAUAGAGACGUGGCAGGGCCAGAACCAGGCCAAGAUCGACGGUGGCCAGGAUAUUAGUAAAGCAAUAUCUAAUUUUAAUGAUUAUACAGCUAGGAAUUUAUUUAAAAUAGAUAAGGACACGACGCAGCUCCUAACGGGCGAAACGUACGCGGGCGGUGAAGCCGGCAUGUCCGUGCCGGAAACCGUCUGCACGCCCAAGGCCGUAGGCAUUAGUGUAGAUAUCAAUACGUACGAGCCGCAUCUGCUCGCGGGGACGAUGGCGCACAUGAUCGGCCACAACAUCGGCAUGGGUCACGACGAUAACCGUGACGAGUGCAUUUGUCGUGACUGGCACGGCUGUAUAAUGUCCCAGUCAAUUGUCGGCCUGGAGAACGUCCAGCCGUAUAAAUUCUCCGAAUGCAGUCGAUUGGAUUAUAUUGAUGCACUGCGGAUCGGGCACGGUCUCUGUUUAUUGAAUAAACCAAACGAGAUCGACGGAAUCAUCCGGAAGAACUGCGGCAACGGCAUCAUCGAGGAGGACGAGGACUGCGACUGCGGCAGCAACAUCGACUGCGACAAGACGGACCCGUGCUGCGACGGCAUCACCUGCAAGCUGAAAAAGGAGUCCCAGUGCGCCACUGGACCAUGCUGUGAUAAAUGUAUUCUAAAGCCGCCGGGCGUGAUCUGCCGGGACGCACUGAACGAGUGCGACCUACCGGAGUACUGCACCGGCGAGUCCGGCCAGUGCCCGGCCGAUGUAUAUAAGAAGAACGGGAACCCGUGCGGGAUGAACUCGACCGGCUUCUCGACAGGCUACUGCUUCAACGGUGUCUGUCCGACGACGCUGUCCCAGUGCGAGCGGGUGUGGGGCUACAGUGGCAACGGGGCCGACCGGGUCUGCUACGAGCAGUUCAACACGAAGGGCACCUCAAAUGGGCACUGCGGCAAGGACGCCCAGGGCAACUUCCUCAAGUGCGAACCGGAGAACAUCCAGUGCGGUUCGCUGCAGUGCAAAGACGGCGAUCGGACGCCGGUGGAGGACUGCAGCGAGCACCAAUACUUUAGGACAAUUAUUUCAAUUAAGGGAAUCGAAUACGAAUGCAAGUCGAUUUCCGGCUCGUCGACGGCGGGCGCGGCCACGGCGCAGUUUGGCCUGGUGCGCGAGGGGACGCCGUGCGGGGACAAUCUGAUCUGCGUGAACCAGUCGUGCGUCAGCAUCUUCCCGUACAUCGACCAGACCAAGUGUCCCAGCAAUCACAACAAUCUGGAGUGCUCCGGAAAUGGGGAUUGCACCAACACAAACAAGUGCUUUUGCAAGUUCGGCUGGACCGGACCGGACUGCUCAAUACAGGCUCAUAUCACAACGACGUACGCGUCACCCGUAACGUCCACAACGCCGGAAGGUCUUUCCGCCGUAAUGGAAAAGAAAACCACACGCUACGCAAACUACCACGGCUCAAACACAGUAUUUCUAGUCGGUGUACUAAUGUCCGUUGUCGGGGGUGUUUUUGUAACGUUUGCUCUGAUGGCUUUGUGCUACAGGUCAGUUGUAGUACAUAAUAACUUCUCCUUGUGCCUAAGAAAGAAAACCACUCGCCUUAAAUACGACCCGCCGUACGCGAAGAAGCCCAUGGCCAAGUACGUGAGCGGGGCUAACGCUAACGCUAACCACCAUCACUCCCAGGACGACAUCAGCCUCGACGGCUCCAAGAUAAUGUUCGGCAACCAGACGACGCAGUUUAGGCUCCCGAUAAGGGACAAAUCGAUCCGCAGGCUAACGGCGACGUCGGGCAGCGAGGACGAUCCCACGCACUCUGGCGAAGAAGAGACCGUAUCGUUCAUCGAUCUACCCCCAAACAAUAUCUCGAAAAUCCCGGAAAAGGGCAUACUUAAAAAACAACAACAGCAACAACAACAACAACAACAGCAACAGCAACUCCAGCAACAAUUCGGUGCCCUCGUGUUGGGCGAUGCCAACAAAGAAAAGUGGCCCGAUGACACACAAUCCGAUAAUCUCGAAAUGAUGAUAGCUCAGCAAGAAUCCACUACUAUUCCUCCAUCAGGUGGUCCACCGGGCAGUGGCAUCGGUGUUGGCGGCCAGCCCGUCGCAGCCGGCGGCGGCGGCAUGACCGGGGUCAUCAUUCCGGGCGUGUCGGACAUCGAGCGCACCGUCAAGAGUCUCAACGGGUACCACGAGGACAUUCUGGAGGCGUUACGCCGUUCGGCGGCUCAAGGACCUCCGCGCAGUAGCGCCAACACGCCUUCGGGCAGCAUCAGCGAGGAGCUGCUCCGGAAGACGAUAGCGGACUGCGUCACGGCCGGAAUACCGCUGGGGCCACCCCCGAGCGUGUACCCGACGGAGCGCGAGUACAAACGCAGCUGCAGCUCGCGGACCGGCUCCAAGGAGAACAUCUGCGAACCGUCGCAGCACGUCCUCAGCGAUACGGGGGCCACUUCGACGCUGCUGCAGCACCACCGCCAACAGCAGCAGAUGCAUCCCCAGGACGAGGACGAUACGCCCACGGCGGGACCGCUGCGCAUCCGAAACCUGGAGGACCUCAUCCGGCAGCUGGAACACCACUCGUCACGCCACAUGAGUCCCAGCGGGUCCGAGGACAUUCGGAUGUCCGAAACCGAGGUCGACCGCCACUAUAGAGUAGAUAGUUCAGCCGCUUGUAGUGAAUCUUCGCAUGGCUCAAACCAACAACUAGCUCAAUCGCAGAAAACUGCCACGAUACUGCCGCCCUACAGUAGUCGAUGUCGGCCACCGCGGUCCGACGACGAGUCCCGGUUUUCGUACGGGGCUGGCGGUGGCGGCGGCGGUGGUGGCACCGGUGGCCCCGGAAGCAGCGGAACCGGCCGCUACCGGCAUCCGGCCAGCCGUCACCCGGCCCACCAGUCACACUCACCGCACUCGCCGCACGCCUUCGGUCAUCACACGCACCAUGGGCACGCCCACGGUCAUUCCGGACACGGUGGCCACUCGUCACACCACUCUUCCCACACGCACCUGCACCAGGACGAUGAGGGCAUCUACGAGAGUGCGGACCCGGUGCACCCGGGCGUCCACCCUGGAGUGGUCCACGGGCACGACCGGAACGCGCUGAGCGACCAGCGGGACACCAACGAUAGCGAAAGUGAUGACUUAUUUCAAGCUCAACAACAGUUAGCCCGAUGGGCGAGUGAGGACGUGGUUUCCGUGGUGGUAAUGGAGCAAGGAUCGGAUUCGUCCCACGCGCAAGGUCCAUCAUCAGCCAGUACCAUGCACGGCCAUAUUCAACAACAUCCAUCGCAUCAGCAACAGCAGUUGCAUCAUCAGCAGCACGACAGCAGCAGUUUGGCAUCGGCGCCCAACACCACCACCAACACCAGCCAACACGUCAAUGGAGUACCAGCAAUGGGCAGCUGUCACAAUAUCAACAGUUUGAGCCACCAGUUGGUGAACAGUCGCGACUACUAUCCUUCGCCACCCUCCACCGAGACCGAGAGCAGUGGAAGCGUAAUCCAGCCCCCGUCGAGACGUGGACCCAUUAUGCAAGGCCAAGGACCCGACGGAAAUCAUAUAAUGGAGAGUACAGGUCGCUAUCCCGAAUAUAAACACUGAUAGUAGCUACACGGGAUUUAAUUCCGCUCGCAAAUUGAAUCCCCUGAACAACACUACUAAAGCGAAACACUAGCGUUAAAACAAGCAAACAAAAAAGAAACACACACAAACACAAAUUACAUCAUCGAGUCGAAUUUAUACUAUGGUAGCAGUAGUGAGCUCAGUCGUGUAACGAGCGCCCGAACACGCCACUCACCAAUACGAAGACAAAGUAGGCGCGUCGACCGCUCCUUCGCAAAAUGACACUCACACAAUCGCGUUG